AGCGCUCACUGCCAUUUACUGUAAAUCAACUCGGUGCUUACAGAUGCCGCUGCAUGCAUCUUAUCUCCUCCAGCGUCUGUUGCCUUGUCUUCAAAGUUAACGUUUUCUUUUUCUUCUUUUAACUUUGACGGUGUUUUUGCUUUUCUGUUUCAUCCACGUGGAAAUGGAAUAUGAGGAGUUUCCCAGAGAGACACUAUCACUGGAUUGAGCUGCUGUGAGUGCUCCCCCUGAGGAUGAAAAUGGAUCCUGCAGCUGUGUGCUUCCUCCACACACUGCUGGUGCUGAUGGUUUUACCCCCUGCUGCCUCUGUCUCCUGCCCCCGGCCCUGCUCCUGCCCACAACCCGCUGAGCUCCACUGCACCUUCCGCUCCCUCGCUGCUAUCCCAGCUGCUGUGUCUAAAAAUGUGGAACGCAUGAAUCUGGGGUUCAACAGCAUUAAGAUCACAGAUAAAUCACUGGCUGGUCUGAGGAGGCUGGAACUUCUGAUGGUUCAUGGAAACGACAUGCAAAGUGUACCUGAUGGAGCGUUCAAGGACCUUGUGUCUCUACAGAUGUUGAAGAUUAGCUACAACAAACUGAAGGAGAUCAACAGACACACCCUUCAGGGUCUGCGCUCGUUGGCCAGGUUACACCUGGACCACAAUCAGCUGGAGUUCAUCCACCCAGAUGCCUUCCAGGGCCUCACCUCGCUGCGACUGCUACAGCUGGAAGGCAACCAGCUUCAGUUUCUGCACCCAGCGACGUUCACCACCUUCACCCUUAUGAACCAGUUCCACGUCUCCACUCUGAAGCAUCUCUUCCUGUCAGACAACAGACUCACAUCACUGCCCUCCAAGUUAGUGGCCUCAAUGCCUCAGCUGGAAAACCUGUACCUCCAUGGGAACCCAUGGACCUGUGACUGCAACAUGAGAUGGAUCCAUGAAUGGGAUAAAACCUUGCCAGGUGUCUUGAAAUGUAAAAAGGACAGGGCCCUUCCCGGUGGACAGUUGUGUCCAAUGUGUUCUUCUCCAAGGCACCUCCAGGAGAAAGAGCUCCAGGCUGUGGAGAACAUGGUCUGCAGCAGCCCCGUCAUCAGCUCUCCUCACAGGACUUCACCACCUGAGGACACUGAAAGCGAGGUCAUGACUGCAGACACUUUCAGAGAACCAUUUGGAAGCAUCUCACUGGGUCUAUCUGAUGAACAUGGUAAUGAGGUGGAUCUGGAGUGCAGUGUUGGCGAGCCAGGAGAAAUGACCAAGAUCAACUGGGAGCAGAUGGACCAGCUCCUGCUGGCCUCUAACAUCACUUUGUCAGUGGAUCUCGAAUGCCCCGUUGAUAGAGAAAAGUAUGAGCGGCUGUGGAGGCUAAUUGCUUACUAUAGCAAUGUGCCAGCUCACUUACAAAGAAGGGCUAUGCUCAGCAAAGAGCCUCAUCCAACCUAUGUGUAUAAGCAGGACUCUGAGAAGGACGCCCUUUACUAUACGGGUGUUAAAGUUAAUGCCAUGGCUCAGCCGGAUUGGUUAAUGCAGGCUUCUGCAGACUUGCAGCUGAACAGACUUCAGUCAUCUGCCAAAACAGUGAAACUGAUCCUCGGCUUGGAUCUCUCUCAAACAGUGGAGGUGGAGCAGAUGCAGAGACAGAAAAGGACCUGGGUCUUGAUCGAGUCAACAAACAUGACUCAUAAAGUGUCAACUGCUAUCCUGGGAAACCCAAGUCAAAUGGACUGUAAAGUGCACAGUUCUGAGCAAGCUGUUAUUCAGUGGAUACUACCAGAGGGCUCCAAAGUAAAAGCCCCGUUCAGCAGUGCAGACAACAGGGUGUCUGUAUCCAAUGAAGGGAGGCUGGUCAUUAAAUCAGUCAGCCACACAGAUGCAGGAAUUUACUACUGCAUCGCCAAGGUUCAUGGAGACCUGGCUGUCCUGCCGUUUUAUCUGACAGUGCAGGAGACCGCCAGCUCUCCUCCAGGAGAGGAUGCCUUAGUAUCCCCGACUGAGGUAUUUGUAGGAAACCCCAUUUCCUUGCCCUGCUCAGCAUCUGGCUCCCCUGAUGCUGAAAUUACCUGGAUUUUACCAAAUAAGAGCAUAGUUAGUAUCCAAGACAAAUCCGCACAAGCUUUUGUCCACCCCAAUGGCACCCUUCAUAUCUCACAGGCUCACUUUUCAGACAGUGGUCAUUACAAAUGCAUUGCCAUUAAUCAACAUGGUGUGGACACACUGGCUGCAAAAAUCGCUGUCAUCAGGCGUAAAGGGCUGAUAAGACCGUUAAGAAAGUUUCCAGUGAGACCCCAGUCAGCAUCAGGCGUCAACACUCAGAUUAAAGUUCUCACAGAUGAUACAGAGGCAUCAGGUGACAUGGAAGUAAAUCAGAAAGUAUCUCAAGUGAGCCGACAGGAUCCUGUGAGAAGAAUUCCAACAGGUUUGGCUCCAGGGAGGAGGGGCAUCCAUCCAUCCAGGAGUACAUGGCGGAGGCCACCAGUGCUUGGAAGGCCAACUGUUCCACACACUGAAGACAGGAAGCCUAUAGUUGAUAACAGGAGGAGGAUUAAUAUGUCAAAAAGGAAAAUAGACCGAGAGCAAUGGGCUCAUAUUUUUGCUAAAAUCAGAGACAGAAAUGGUAACGUGACAUCACCACCAGUGCGGCACACAACAGAGAGCAGGCUUACUGAGCAGACAACACAGGCACAAGAAACUACUGAAGGAUCAUCAGAUGACACGACUGUGGAGGAGAAUGAGAGCCAAGAUGACCUCACAAUAACACCCACUCCAGUGCCACAUACACAAAUUAAAGCUAAUAAGCCCAAUAUACAACGCCAGGAAACCGAUGACAUGGCUAAUCACUACAAUGCACAUAGUACACAUAAAAUGACAUCAAACAGUCAGCACACACACAUUACACACACUUCAGUAGUGCCAAACACAAUGCAGACUCCAUCCAGUGUACCGCACACAAGCCACGAUAGAAACUUGGAUCCAUACAGCACUUCAAGCAGUAUAUCCUCCCUCCCACAAACCACAUCUGUUCCCCUACAUGCUGUCACUGUCUGGCAGCGGGAAACAAACAGUGACAGCAAUAGUGCAUUUUCUCAAAGACAGAAUCAUAGUAAAGAUACAGAUGUUAAUGGAGUCAAAGCAGUGGAUUGGUCCAAGGCAUCUGAGAGAAGUGAGAAUUUAGCGAAACCCAGUGUCGCUGCCAGUGCUAAUAAUGACAGAGAGCUUUCUUCAAGUGCAAGUCAAACGAUCCCUUCAGUUGACCCAGUUGAAUCAGACAGAAGCCAAGAAGAAAAUGGAAACAGUGUGAGUGAGACUGCAGCCUCACGGCUGCAUACUCAGCCACAGGACACAACACUGCUCACAGCAACAGCUCCAACAACUGCUCUUGUGCCCGAACCUGUGGCACAACUUCCCCCACGUCUCAGACAUCCAAACUCCAGGAGAAGGAAUGGGAUUCGGAGGAGAAGACCAAACAAAAGGAGACAAAAGUUGAAUGAAACCCCCCACUUUAUUGCUUCCACGCCUGAAAAUGCUCCCCUAGAAACAGUCCGGACCACUGCCUCUUCCAAAGAGCUAAAAAUAGAACCAUUAGAAGUUACAACGGCAAAAUUCAAUACCACUAUUCCAUUCACUGGGAGCCAAGCAGUAUCAUCAGGCAGUCUGAGUCAUAAUGAAAACACAGUCUCCAGGCUGAACAACGAGCCAACCACCAAGCCCCCUUCACGAUUAACUUCACCCCCAAAAAUGAAGGAUAGUCUUCACCGCUCUGCCAAACCACUUUUUAAUCACACAUCAGUGGCACCAUCAUUUCCAACAGCCUCUCCAACAGUGGGUCAUGGAAAGAUGAGUGUGCAAACAGCCUUGAGACUUUCAGAAAGUGCAUCUCUUCCAAGAGGCUUUGAUACACUCACAUCAACCACUCAGCAGAUAUUUACCGUCAGCACUUUUCCACUGGGGAGACUUUUAGAAACGCAAUGGGCAAGCACUACAGAACAACCUGAUGGAUCUGUGCCAAUUUCUGGCGGCUCCUCUGUGGUUUUUCAAACUACAACAGUGCAAGCAGAUGUAGACGAUGAUCAGUUAAACCAUCACUAUGCCCCCACUGAAAAGGAUGGGGGGAAAACGCUUGUGAAAGACAGUGGGAUGCAAUUGUCUCUACCGCCACCCCCAACUGCCUCAUCUGCUUCCUUGAUUAGGAAUGAAGUCAAAACAACUACUGGAUACACUUCUCCUGGUUUGCCUUUUGAGGAUGAUUUGGAGAUGAAAGAGGUAACCACAGAGAAAGCCAAACAUCCUGGGGGGUAUUAUCAAACUCCCAGUCAAAGCACUCUAAGCAGUGAGUCAAAGGUUGAUCUGCUUCUUAAAGGCACAACAGAUAUUGUCAUGGUUGAUGCUCCUGUCGUAAGUACCACCAUAACAUCAUCUCCCCCUGAGGCCUCAUCAAGACCUGAUGCUGUGACCCCAUCCACAGACGUGUCAGGUGUCACAGUACCGUCUUUCACAUCAGCUACAGUGGAGUACUCGCCGAAGGCCACAACUAUACAGACUCCUCGCAUCACAGUUAACCACAGUCAAGACCUGCAAAUCAAAGAAAUCGUUACAGAGGCAGACAACCAUCCUACAACCCAGUCACCUGACCACAAAAUGACUUCCCCAGCCUUAAAACUGAGCAGGGGGCAGACAGUCACUCAGGAAGCCACUUCUGCCCCAGCAAUUACUACAAUCCAGACCAAUCCAUUUAGAGAGAGACUGCAAACGAGCACUCAGGAUGUGUCCACAAUGCACCGACUACCUGGACAAGGAUCUAUUCCAAGAGGGAAGCCAAGGAUAAUGAAGAGCAAUUCCCAAACAUUCACUGUGAAAGCUGAAACAGAUGCUCAGCUUCCCUGUGAGGCUCAGGGCGAACCAAAGCCCUUCCUGUCGUGGACUAAAGUUGCAAGUGGGGCAAGUAUCGCUCAGAACACCAAGGUUCACAGGUUUGAGGUCCAUCCAAACGGGACCUUAAUCAUCAGGAAGAUACAACACAUUGACGGGGGCCAGUACUUAUGCACGGUCCAGAACCAGUAUGGUGCAGACAACAUAGUGGCCAACCUCAUUGUUCUGUCUCAACACCCACGGGUGCUUCAGCCUCGCAGCAGAGAAAUCACGGUCCACCUCGGUGGGAAGGUGGAUUUGGAGUGUAAAGUGGAAGGAGAUCCCGUACCUAGUGUUACAUGGAUGCUCCCAAACCAUGUCCAUAUAACUGCUGCCUCGACCGGUUUGUCCCCCCAACAGCGUUUGGCUGUCCUGGAUAAUGGAACCCUCCGGAUCAGCCAGGCCAGUUACACAGACAGAGGGAUUUAUAAGUGUAUCGGCAGCAAUGCGGUCGGAGCUGUUUCUGUCUCAGUUCAUCUUCAGGUUUCAGCAUUGCAUCCUGUGAUUCAGCAGAUAAAAACUGAAAAUAUUACCCUCUCGGAAGGCACCAAUGCUUACAUUCAUUGCACGGCAACAGGUGUCCCUCAGCCUGUCGUCCGCUGGAUGACACCUGACGGCAUCCAGCUCACUGCUUCCCAGUUUUUGACUGGGCGCAAUCUCAUGGUAUUUCCCAAUGGGACACUAAACAUACAGAAAUUGGGCCCUGGAAAUGUUGGUAAAUAUGUGUGUUCAGCCAGUAACACAGUGGCGACCAGCAGGAGGACUGUGAUGCUGACAGCACGGAAGAAUCUUUCCACCUCCAAAGCCAGUAUCAUUUCAUCAUCACCGAAGAACACAGACGUGAUGUAUGGUAAUACACUGCUACUCAACUGUGUGGCAAUAGGAGAGCCAAAUCCUUGGAUUGUCUGGAGGACACCAUCUAAGAAACUGGCGGAUGCUCAAUACAGUUUUGACCCCAGGAUCAAGGUCUUCCGCAACGGCACCAUAGCCGUUCGUUCUGUGACUGACAAGGACAGCGGCGACUACUUGUGCGUGGCGCGUAACAAGAUGGGCGAUGACUACGUUCUGCUGCGUGUCAAUGUUCUGACAAAGGCAGCCAAAAUUGAACAGAAGCAGCAGCGGUCCAGUCAGGAGGUGCUGUACGGUGGAGAUUUAAAGGUGGACUGCGUGGCGUCUGGUCUCCCCAACCCUGAGAUCAGCUGGGCGCUGCCAGAUGGUACCAUGAUCAACCCUGUGAAACAGAGGGAACGUGUCAGUGGAGGACGCAGUCGCAGGUAUCUGGUGUUUGACAAUGGGACAUUGUAUUUCAACGAUGUCGGCAUGCCAGAAGAAGGUGACUACACUUGUUAUGCCGAGAACCAACUUGGAAAGGAUGAGAUGAAGGUCAGUGUCAAGGUCAAGGUUGCAACUUAUCCGCCAAAAAUCCAGGAUAAGAACCAAAAGACCGUCAGGGUUUUCUAUGGUGAAACAAGUACAAUUCGAUGUAACGCCAAAGGGGAUCCGACGCCAAUCAUUACAUGGAUAUCCCCAACAAACAAAGCAAUUUCCCCUGCAUUAGACAAAUAUCAGAUUCUGGAUGACGGGACAUUGGUUGUUCUAAAGGUCCAACGUUCUGAUGGAGGUAACUACACCUGCAUGGCCAGAAAUAGUGCAGGACAUGACCAUAAAGUGGUCAGGAUGGAGGUCAUGGUAACACCUCCAAUGAUCAACAGCAUAAGAGAAACCAGCAGUGUCAAAAUAGCAGCUACCCAGGAUCAGAGGAAGCUUGUGGACUGCGUGGCAGCAGGAACCCCUAAACCUCGCAUCAUGUGGGUGCUUCCAGGAAAUGUGAUCCUCCCUGCACCAUACUACAGCAACAGAAUGACAGUUCACCAAAAUGGUACCUUGGAAAUUCGGUCACCCAAGAGGACAGACUCAGGGCAGCUAACUUGUAUCGCUCGAAAUGAAGGAGGCGAGGUCAGGCUCGUGGUUAAUCUGGAUGUGAAAGAGGUUGUUGAGAAGCCAAAGAUCAGAGGUACCAAAACAGAAAGCCUGUCACUGACUGUGGGCAAUACCAUGACGUUAAACUGCUCAUUUGAGGCCUCAACACAACCUCACGUCACUUGGAUCUUACCUAAUGGCACACCAUUGCUUAACGGUGCUCGAUUCUUGAAGUUUUUCCAUCGGCAUGAUGGCUCUUUGGUCAUCAGUAAUCCAUCUGUGGGUGAAGCUGGUAUGUACCGCUGCCUGGGGCGCAAUUCUGGAGGUUUUGUGGAGCGUACAAUCAGACUGUCUCCAGGAAGAAAGCCAGAGAUCAUCAACAAAUACCACUCUCCUGUUAAUGUCAAGAUUGGUGAAAGAUUAUUGCUCCAUUGUUUAACCAGUGGUGAACCCCUCAGAUUAGCAUGGACGCUACCCAGUGGGGUUGUUCUCAAUCGGCCACAAAGAGCUGGACGAUACUCUGUCCUUCCCAACGGGACAUUUGCAGUACAGCAAGCAUCAGUUUAUGACCGAGGAUCCUACGUAUGCCGAGCUGCCAAUGAGUAUGGUAGCUCUCUGCUUCCUGUUACAGUAACUGUGAUUGCAUACCCACCACGGAUUACCAAUGGCCCUCCUUCUGUGACCUACGCCAAACGUGGAGUUGCUAUUCAGCUGAACUGUGCAGCAACAGGGAUGCCCAAAGUGGAGGUAGCAUGGGAAACGCCCAAUAAAAUGCGCUUGGCUGUCAGCGCACAGCCGCGUCUUUUCGGGAACAAGUAUCUCCAACCACAGGGUUCCCUCAUCAUCCAGGACCCGACACCAAGAGAUGCUGGCACGUACCGGUGCACGGCGCGGAAUGCCAUUGGCACAGACUCUAAGGCAACAUUUCUCAAUGUGUUUUGAAGGAUUUCACUGUUCAUAGCGGUUGAUGCCGUACUGUAUGCCCAAGCAACUGCCUGGUUAAAAGCAGCUAAUGUUUUUAAUGAUCCAAAUGUAAAAACUGCUGUCGCAAUGAUGAAACAAAGAGUUGAUUAGAACUUGCAGUGGUGCUUUGAGUGUUUGCUGUAUAGUGAUCAGAGGUUCAUUGGUGUUUCGUGCACCAUAGCUUGCAGUUUCUACCAUUGCGUGUAUAUUCCUCAUCACUGGGAAAUAUCACUCAGCUUUUCUUCUUCAUUGGUCAAUUUAGGCUUUAGGCCAAUGAUUUGUAUUGUCUAUUAUACAUGUAUAUAAGACACUUAGGAUCACAGUUCAGGGUUUUUUUGGUGUGGUUGUAUGAGGUGCUUAAACAUUUUCUCCACACACAAAAGUCCAUUAGGAAAAUCAGAUGAUUUUACAUUAAGGCACACAGGAGUUGUUGAUCCAAGUUCAAAUGUGUUACUUUGUGACUAUGGUUUUUGAAAUUGUUUGGUCAGAUUAUCAUAAGUGACCCAAACAAAGCACCAGUCCACCAGUAGCUCCUGUGUCCCUGCAAGCUAAAGACACAGCUUUUCUCUGGGGGCUUUGGUUUGCGAGCUUGAGCGAGUCACAAGCAUAAGUUUCCAUUUGGAAAAGAACAGAAUAUGUAUUCCUAAAAUAUCAACUAAUAGACUCAAGCGGGCUUAGAUUUUAUUAGGUCAGCCUUUUGUCCCUGCAAGCAGUAAUUUAUAAAACCGCACAUCUAAAAAACUACAACUAUCACUUUAAUAUGGCCAAAAAUGUAAGUAAAAUGGUCCCAGCUCUUAUGAGUAUGUGCAUCGCAGUCUGAGGUUAAUGAUACAAAUUGUCCCACAGUGAAAACAUACUAAAGUGUUUUUUUUUUAUUAUUAUUAUUAUUAUUGUUAUUAUUAUUAUUAUUAUUAUUAUUAUUAUUAUUACACUGGCCAUAAAAAACUACUUAUUUUGCACAUUUUCACUGGUUUGGAUAGUUAUGCCUUGUACUUUUAAACACAGACGCAGGGGAGUAAACACAUAAAAUGUAACUACCAAUGAUAAACUAUUUGAAUUUUACCAAUAAAACUGGGAAAAACCUGGAAUUAGUGCAACACAAAACUGUUUUGCCCUCACAUUUGCUCCAGACACAUGUCAAAAAAAUCAGGUGAUCGACCUCUUGCUAUUUGUUCUACUCAAAGUAUGUUGCAGUUUUUUCCACUCUGUGGUGUCCUUAGCUGUGCACAUGUACCUUCGCUUUCAUGACAUAGUUCAGUUAUGUUGACAAUGACAGAUAAUGUCCAGCUAUAAGGAAUUACAUAGCUUCUCAUUUUAAGUAUUGUUUAACUUAAUUAAAACAUGGAUUUAAACUAUGUUUAAUGUUGCUGCGGUUGUUUUUAAGGUGUGCUUUGAGACAUUUUUAUCAUGUGUGUAUAUUUUAUAGUCAAUCAGAGUGUUUCUUAAUCGUGGUUGACCCUGGUUUUCCUGCUCCAACACACCUGUGUCAUAUGGGUCAGUAUCAGGUUUUUGCAGCGCUUGAUUGACCCUUUGACUCUGUCGUGUUGAAACAGGGAACUGUCUAAAACAUGCAGGACCAAGACUGAAUAACUCUGAUCCAUCACAAGUGCCAUAUAUAUCCACAGCAGUAUCCUGCGCUCAGCAGCGCGCACCAUCUUUAAAUCUGCAUCCGAAUAUGCUGAUGCAAGUUCAUUUGUAAAUUAUGUCUGUGAAAGACUGUGAUGCGCAGCAAUUUUCUCAGAGUCAAAUAAAAGAAUUCCACUCUUUUCUACUACA